GUCUUUGAUUAACAUGAAAUUGGCUAUCGUUUCUGGUGCAAACAAGGGCAUCGGCCAUGGAAUUGUGCAACGUCUGGCAAAGUGUCUGACGCCGCAAUCAGAUUGGCAUGUAUACCUUACCGCCCGUAAUGUGUCGUUGGGCCAAGCAGCCGUCGUGGAGUUUAGUAAACAGGGUCUACCUGUAAAGUUUAACCAGCUGGACAUCACAGACAAGUCGAGCCGUGACGAGCUUGCUGAAUACGUCAAAUCGAGUUAUCCCGAAGGCAUCAACAUCCUCGUUAACAACGCGGGUAUGGGCUAUAAGAAUGAUUCGACUGCCCCUUUUGGUGAGCAAGCGCGGGUCACUCUUGCUACAAAUUUCUUUGCUACUCUGGACAUGUGCAACACAUUUUUGCCCUUGAUGGCCAAAAAUUCUCGUCUGGUUAACGUUUCUAGCAUUUCGUCUAUAACGGCACUGAAGAAACUUGGCGAUGAGCUUUACGAGAAGUUUGUGAAUCCAAUGACGAUGGAUCAGCUCUAUGAGCUCAUGCAUGACUUUAUAAAGUAUUUUGAUACGAACGAAUGUUUGAUAAGUAAAGUUUGUUUGAUUUUUACUGUUAUCAAACGUUUCAUUAUGUUUUUGGGAAAUGUUUUUCGCCCCGUCGAGGACUAG